AUGUGCACCGCCUUCAAGAGAUGGAAAAUUUGCCAGCGUAAGCAUGCUGAGGAGAUAAGCCUUUUGGAAAAUUAUCUACUUGUCAAACGAGAAGAUCUACUUCGACGUGUCUUUGUGCACUGGCUAUCAGCCAAACGAUCAAUUGAACAUCGACGAUUGACCCAUGAGCGCAAAGAAGCCCAGCUGCGCCAUUUGGCGAUAACUUCGGCAUGGGAAAAAUGGCGAGAGAGAUUCAAGGAAGAGCGGCUAAGACCAUUGGAGUAUACUGUCAUCAUCGAUAACCAAAAAAUCAUCAUGUCGCAAGCAUUCAGGGUUUGGGUAUCUAAAACAGAGUCUUUGCCCGCAGUACGAUUCCAUUCUAAACAUCUCAAGGAGAAAUUCUUCCGUAGAUGGAGAGAUGCCAUGCCAAAUGCAUUACGCGCAAAAAAGGCGAGGGAGAUUGACACAUACAACACAUUGGCCAAAUUUUUCGAGAGAUGGACACAAGCAUACAAAACCAAGACAACCCUCAAGGCAGUCGCUCGAGCGAAGUAUCUCCGACUACCUGCAGCUAAUCCACGGCAACCCAUCGUCCGUUCUCGACCACUUUAUUCUGGGACAAGUGAUAUCUUUGCUCGCAGACCCACUCGCGAUGCAGACGACACCGAGAGUCAAUUAAGCGACGCGAGGGUCGAACCAUUGAAGGAAGCCUUUAUCCCACGCACACGGAGAGCGAAGAGCCCCAAAGCGAGGUCGGAAAGGAGUGUCGUUCGCUCCGAGUACGGAGCGUCGGCUGCUCGUCAACCUAGCCCAGUUCGCUCUAUUGUUUCUAUGCCAGACAGACACACCAAAAGCCCAAGUUUUGCCAACGUACAAGCAUCUCCAGUACGGAGCAAGGAGGGUGGUGGGAGACUCUGGUCUGCCUUGAAGGACAUCAAUCAGAACCGACGGCCAAGAAAUCUGUGA